AAAUCACCCCCCCACACACACACACAUACACGCACACACACCACCUUUCACUCAGCCUCGUCAUAAGCCAGUUAACCUCUAGGACAGCCAGCGGCAUCAGGAGCCUCAGUGUUUCUCAGACACGAUGGGCCUCCUACUACUGCUCACCUCCACACUCCUGUCUAGCUACUUCCAUCCUGGGAUAAUGGUGGACGCACAAAGAAUAUUCACGAUAAGAGACAUCACCCUGUCCAUUGAGCCCAGUACUGAUGUGGUUCGGGGGACCAAUGUGACUGUGAGAUGCAAGGCAAUUGUCAGCAGCUUCGGGCAGGAGGUGCUGAGUCGUGAGUACACUAUAUACAAGGGCAACAACAAAGUCUACACCAAGAACUCCAGCACCUCGGAGGAUCUUCUGUACCCGCUGCCCGAUGCCAGAGUCUCCAAUACUGGCAAAUAUCACUGCAGGAUCAACAUCAAGGGCGAAGAGAUGAACAGCAGGGUUGAAAAACUCACAGUAACAGGCUUGUCAAAACCAGUUCUCCAUCUUGACAAGGAUGUGUUCAGUGAAGGGGAGGAGAUAAUGGCCACGUGUACAGCACCCGGUGAAACAGGCUCCAUUUUCUUCUACUUACAUGAGGGCAACAAUGUGCUCAGGGAGGGUCUGGUCAACACCAACCACUUUGAAACCAAGUUUCGCUUCAGCAGAGUUGGCAUCCACGGAAUUCACUGUAAAUAUACUGUCAUCACAAUGCCAGACUCAUUCAUGUCAAAUGAAAGCAACAUUCUUUCUGUUUCAGUUGAAGAGCUUUCCAUCAAACCAGUUUUGGAGAUUUUCCCUCAGACCAAGAUCUAUGAAGGAGACCCUCUCAACAUCCUGUGCACCAUCAGAAACUUGGCCAGGCCUGACAAUAUCCACCUCUACCUGAGCCAGGGGAUCAAACUUCUUAGCAGUGGAAACACCAAAGUCAAUCACAGCAUAGUCGCACUAGCAAGUGAACCUGGGGACUUCGAGUGCAGAUUAGAGAUGGGAAAUGUAGCAAAAGUCGCGGCAAAGACAGUUUUAGUGACUGAGUUGUUUUCAGUGCCCACUCUCACCAUGUCUCCUGCUGAAGUCUUUCAAAAGGAACGUAUGACACUAACCUGUAAAAGUGAGAUUGCCUCUGAAAGACUCAACAGGGGAGAACUGAUUUAUACCCUUGAGCCUGACAGCCCACUGACCCCUUUGGCCCCUGGAGUAUUUUCUGGCAAGGCCCUGCUGUAUGAUUUCAACUAUACCUGUGUAGCUAAAGCCAAGGGCAUCGUGAAACGCAGUGAAACCCUGACUGUAUGUCCUAAAAUCUCUGUUUCCACUCCAAAGAUCUCAGUAGAAGGCAAGGCGGUCCUAGGACAACCCUUCAAGAUCCGCUGUCAGUCAGACGUUGGCAGCUUGCCGAUCAAUUACACCCUGCUGAAGGGAUAUGACCAGCUAGGUACAAUCAGUGUAAGACUGCCUCAGCCAGCUCUCUUCACGGUCACUAUCACCAAGCCUGAAGAAAUAAAAGAGUACAUGUGCGAGGCUAAGAAUAAUCACAAGAACGCUCCACUCAGUCAAAGACUCAAUGCUACUGUUAUAGAGCCUCUGAUGGGCCUGACUCUGACCGUCACCCCCCACUUACCAGAAAUCUCAGAGGGAGAUCAUCUCUACCUGAUAUGUGGUACCAAAGGCACACCGCCAGUCACCUUUAAGUGGUACCGUGUUGGCAAAGAACAGCCGCUGCACACCACCACCUCGGAGAAGAACAACACAGAUUACCAGGUCCCCAACCUGUCCAAAGCGCAUAGUGGCACAUACUACUGUGAGGCUGUCAACCACGCCAACAACAUUGUCCGCAGUGAGGAAGUCACCAUAGAGGUACGCCUGGCGUUGUGGAAGAAAGCGGUGAUCGGAGGGGUUUGUCUGCUGGUGGUGUCGGUGCUGGUGGUGGGGAGUGUGCUGUACUUCAGAUCCAAGAGAGGUAAAAGAGAAGCAGCUGCUGAAUUGUCAGUAAAGCCUUUGAGGGAUCUUUAACAGUGACUCUAACACAGUCCAGAGAUUUAUAUCACAGCCACAGGCGCAGCGCCACUCUAUGAUGGCAUUGAGGGGAGAGUGACCAAAGGGAUACGAGAUAGCGUGGCAUCGCUUCCCGCUGACGUCAGCAACAGGAGCAGCUACAGUAUCCCAGCCACAGUGUAGAGAUGCCCUGCAGUAGGAGGGACUUAAAUUUUUAACAACUUUCAAAGAAAAGAAAAGAAAAUUCUAAGCAAAGACUUUGAGAGCAAAAAUGGAAAGAAACAAAAAAAAAUUUCCCAGCUUGUGAUGCCAACUGUUGUAAGAUUUGGACAUUUUUUUCGUUGAUAAGGAGGGGCAUUUUUAUGACUAGAUACAAACCAGGACCCACUGCUCCCUCUCCCCUCCUCCUGCAAUCUAGAUGGCCUUUGAUUUUAUACUUAACAUUACUGUCUUAAUCCUUUGUUUCUCCGUUCUCUGUCUGUGUGAUUGCAUGUCCUUUUUUGUUUCCAACUGCUCUAUGGGUCUGAUGUUCAUGUAUAAAUAGGCUUGAUGACAGAUCAGUUUGUAUAUACAUUUUAUCACAAUCACAGGAAAUGUGUGUAUAUAUUUUUGGUUGAUCCCUUGAGUGACUGAAAGAGACACUGUAGAAUAAAGACAUUGGUUUUAUUUAGAA